AUGAGGGAUAUCCAACAUAGCAUUGACUUCAUUACCGGGGUCGUUAUUCCAAAUAAAGCAACAUAUAAAAUGAACCCUAAAGAAUUUGAGGAGCUCCAGAGGCAAGUUGAUGAGCUGUUGAGCAAAGGAUUAAUAAGAGACAUCAUGAGUCCUUGUGCGGUACCCGCACUUCUCGUACCAAAGAAAGAUGGCACUUGGCACUUGCGAAGUGGAUAUCAUCAAAUUCGUAUGAGACCCGGAGAUGAAUGGAAAACUGCUUUCAAGACAAGGGAUGGCCUCUACGAGAAAUUGUCAAGCUUCAUGGCAUUCCGAAGACAAUUACAUCUGACAGAGAUCCUAAAUUUGUUGGCCAUUUUUGGCGGACCUUUUGGAGGAAGCUGGGCACAACCUUACAAUUCAGGUCCUCCCACCAUCCUCAAACGGAUGGACAGACUGAAGCGGUCAAUCGGAGCUUGGGCAAUCUCUUAA